AUGCUUUCAUACAUCGCCUUAUUCUCCUUGACCAUUGGACUGGCCAACAGCGCUGCAAUUGCUGAGCCACCCAAGAAAACCACCCCGUCGUGUCGGAAUAUUCCUGGGGAUGCAGGCUGGCCUGCAGCCGCAGAAUGGGAUCGACUGAAUACCACAGUGGAGGGUCGGUUGAUUUCCACGAUACCAAUCGCCCAUGUGUGCCACGAACCAUCCUUCUCGGAUGCACAGUGUACGAGUCUCACACAACAGUGGGAUGUACCGGAGCUUCUAACGACAAAGCCCGCGGAGAUCCUGCAUCCAUGGUUUCAAAACCAAUCUUGCGUGCCUUUUACGCCCCAAUCGGCCCCCUGCGAGCUGGGCAAUUAUGCAUCGUACUCAAUCAGCGUCAGUAACAUCGACGACAUCAAGGCCGGAUUGGCCUUUGCAGAGGAGCACAACAUCCGCCUGGUGAUCAAGAACACCGGUCAUGAUUAUUUUGGGAAAAGCACCGGAAAAGGGGCUCUUUCCCUGUGGACCCAUAAUCUCGACAGCAUGGAGGUUCUCCCGGCCUAUAAUUCCUCGUACUACCACGGGCCUGCAUUCAAGAUUGGAGCCGGCGUCCAAGGAGGCGCUGCGGGUGAGUUUGCCGCAAAGAGAGGCUACCGUUUCGUGGUUGGCAAUUGUCCAGACGUCGGUGUAGCUGGCGGCUACACGCAAGGCGGAGGCCAUUCCCUUCUAACUGGGCUGUAUGGCCUCGCAGCCGAGAAUGUGCUGGAGUGGGAAGUGGUGACCGCAUCCGGUCAGCAUCUGGUCGCCUCGCCAACCCAAAAUACGGACUUGUACUGGGCCCUCAGCGGCGGUGGUGCCGGUACUUACGCCGUCGUGGUUUCCCUUACGACGCGUCUCUUCACGGAUGGAAAGAUUGCGGGUUCAUCCCUAUCCUUCGGGGUGGAAACCAUCGGCAGUGUGGACGAGUACUGGGGUGCGGUGGAUAUCUUCAUCUCGCACCUUCAGGGUCUCGUCGAUGACCACGGCAUGGUGGCUGCUUUUAUGAUUUCCAACAGUACCCUGGACCUUUACUCCAUCAUGGCCCCAGGCAACACCAGCGACGAGCUCACCACGCUGAUGACUCCCAUGGUCACAGCGCUGGAGAAAAAGGGGGCCAAGUCUCUGGGCGUCAACACGACCGAUGCUCAAACCUACUUUGACCUGUAUAGUGCUACCCUGGAGCCCAUUGUCGCCCCCAACCCUCUCAGUCCGGUUAUGGGAGGACGAUUCGUCUCACGGAAGAACAUGGCCAGCAACAAGUCCAAGAUCAUCAGCAGCAUGCGGGCGGCCACCGAGGGGGGCAAAUUCUGGCUGGCUUGCACCGCAUUGAGCACCAAGAGCGCUGUCCGCAUGGUCGAUCCGGUCGCCAGCAACGCGGCCCAGCCUGCAUUCUCCGACGCCUUCCUCAGUAUGAUUGUCGGUGCCGCGUGGUCAUGGAGCCGCCCCUGGCCUGAGGUUGCGCAACUGCAGGACGAGCUAAUCGGCGAGGUCAUGCCUGUUCUCGAGGGAGCCACCCCGGGUGCAGAUGCGUACGUGAACGAGGCGAAUUGGCAACAGGAGAAUUGGCAGCAGGUCUUCUACGGCGCCAACUAUAAUCGGCUGCGCGCUAUAAAGACCGCUCACGACCCACACGACCUCUUUUACGGCCUAACGUCCGUUGGAAGUGAAGCGUGGAGUGCUGACGCUGACGGGCGUCUUUGCAAGACUGGCUUGUAA